AUGGCCGCCUUGGAGUGCGCUAGACUGGAGGAAAACGUCCUGCCAACUACUAUCGAUAAGCUUACCAUUCGAAAAGAAGACGAUGGCAACUUCACAUUGACUGCAUUACCUGAGACCUGCUCUGUCACUGCAAUCGUCGAAUCUGUCCUCGGCCACUCCGUCGAGCUACACCGUCUUCAAGCCUCUGGCGCAGAAGGCCAAUCUGGCUGUUACAUCUAUUUCGUUCGGGACAGUAGCCAUCCAGAAAAAACCAUCGCCGUCACAAAAGUAUAUCCCCCAGCAUGUCACAAAGACUUUUUCGAAGAGCUGGUUGCAUACCGGAGAUUGCUAUCUCUUUCUGAUCCACCGUCUGCUGCUCGGCCCCUUGGAGUGGGAAGGACGCGCGAUGAGAACACCGCAGAGCCGAUGGGAGUGAUUGUCUAUCAGCUUGCAGCAGGAAAAGCAAUUAACACAAUUAUUCGUGACAUUGGUCGGGUCUCCUCUCUCAAAUUGAUCGCAAAGCAACCUUGUCCCGAGGAAACAACGGAAAUGAUGGAUGAUAUCAUUCGCGGCGCGCUCCAUGGGAUCUCAAUGAAUCAUAAAUCACACCAAGCUCGAUCGUCAAAUAUCACCACCGCUGAGAUGCUGGACUGUCAAUUCAAUGGAUUGAUGGCUGAUUUGAUUACCGCCGUACAAGGAGUGGCAUUAACGCUGGCCAAGCUGCACCGGGAAAAAACCGGAUGGAGUAGCGCCAGCGAGUCUGUCGUCGACAAGCUCCGCAGCAAGCUACAGAGUUGGGUCGAAGAGAUCCAGGGCCCAUCGCGAGGGCAGUAUGAACGCGCCAUCGGAUCUGAUCAAAUAGAGCAAUUAACCUUACUGGUCGAUCGGGCAAUUGAUGACUCGCGGGAAGAAGGUGUAGCAUCACUAAUCCAUGGCGAUGCCUCGCCGGGAAACUUCUUCUGGGAUCCCAUUCAAGGAAUCACCAUGAUCGACUACGGUGGACUGAGUCGCUCGAUGGAUGCGAGCGGUCGACCUAUGGGACCGGCAGAAAUGGAUGCGGCUGGGUUUCACGAGCGGCUGCGGAAGUAUGCCGGGGACUUCGGAAUGAGUGAAGCUGACAUUGGCCAGGUCCAGGGGGAGUUCUGGAAAGCAUACCAGGCGCAGGGUAUACCAAUCAACGAAGGGCUUACCCGGUUGUUCAAAACACGCACGCAACUAUCUCGACUAUGGUCUGCUGUGGAUAAGCAAGAUACAUCGCGCGAUGUACAUAAAUCUAUCCAGCUCAGUGAAAAGGUUAAAUUUGAAUGGGAACGUCUUGUCAAUAUCUCACCUGAAAAGAUCCAACCCUGGAGAGUGCUCGUCGUUGCCAACGCCAGCGGGCCAGGUAAAGGGGGUCUGCCUCUGUUGAAUCAAGAACUAGUCAAAGCCAUGUCGGAAAUUCCCAAUGCAUCAGUUACUCUGUUCAUGGUACAGCCCGAGAAUGAAGACAAAACCACGCUGGUAUCAUCGGGGCAUGGUCGGGCUAAUGUGGUCUGCAUUCCCCCUCGAGGAGACGACCCAAGUGCCUUGCUCUACCAUGUGGCAAAGGUACACCAGCCAGGAGACUAUGGUUUGCCAAUUCUAGAUGGCAAGCAUCCAUCCCCAUUCAAUCUAAUCAUUGGCCACUCGCGAUACUCUAGUACCGCAGCUUCCUUGAUCCGCGAAAGAUGGUAUCCCACAGCAAAGCUCGCGCUCAUCACACAUACCAGUGCGCUGCGAAAGUCCGACAUCGCGUGGAAGUGGUAUGGACAAACACGAGAGCUAGGCUAUGUCGAAGCCGCUCGGCUGGCAAUGCUCGACGAGAGGAUUCUCCCGAGAGCAGAUUUGGCCGUUGGAGUCGGACCGGUACUUACAACUGAAGCACGUGAACGCGAGUGGAUGGGCCAAUGCAAUCGCCCACGAUCUAACAUGAUGGGACCUCGCUUCCAUGAACUCGUUCCAGGCAUACGCACGGGUGAUGCUUGUACAAAUCAGCGACAGCCGAACGACCCGUUUCGGGUCCUCCUCGCUGGUCGAGCUGACGAUCCCGCAAAAGGUUUAGACGACGCCGUGUACGCUGUGCGCAAGAUCGCACUAUCUGGAAACGACAUAUCCCUGGAUGUGCUUGGGGUGCCAGCAGAAGAAUUGGAGCGCUGGCAGCAGGCCGUCGAUGAGAUGACAGGCACACCAGACCUUGUCAGGUUGCACCCAUUCUCUGAUGACCCAAACGCGGUCUCGCAAUUUUACUGUCUCGCGGACCUGGUCAUUAUGCCCUCAAUGCAUGAGGGAUUCGGAAUGAUCUUCACUGAAGUCGCCGGGCUGGGUGUUCCAAUCCUAGUGACGCAAGAAAGUGGUGCGGGCCAGUUUGCGCUUGAUCGCAGUCGCAUUCCGCUGGAGCUUGGUCAGGCCUGUGUGGUGAUGGACGAGAGCACAUAUGGAAUUCAGCCUUCACCGACAAGCCAGCGCGUAGCUGUUUGGGCUCAUCGAAUCGACCAAGUGAGAUGUUACCCGGAGCAAACGAGACUGCAUGCUCGUUCGCUACAGCGAAUCAUGCGAGGUUAUUCAUGGAAACAUGCCGCUAAGGCUCUGCUUCGAUCCGCAAUGGAGGGCGAGGGAGAUACAGUGCAGAUGGCUCACGGUAGCGUUGCACCGGCAUGUUCAUCAUGGCCUCGACCACCACUUGAGAUGAGCGUAGUAUCGUCAAUGCGUCGAGCCGCACGAACGCGAAAUCUGAGUGGAAAGCCGACCUUUAAGCAGACAGAUGAAGUCAUUCAAACCCUUCCAGAGAUAGCCCCAACAAUUUCAGCGCUAGAAGAACAUGUCUCCGCUGCCGUGGGGUUUCCUGUCAACUUGCGAAGUCUGGAUCCCAUCCACCAUGGAGGAUUUUCUGGUGCUAUUAUUUUCUUUGCCUACGCCAGCGAUGAAUUUUCCUAUGAAGAGACACCAUUGGUUUCGAAUGACACGUCCAAUGGUCGUGUGGUUGCUGUGGUCAAAUUGUUCGUCCAUGGCUUGGACAACGGGAUCACAGAAGAGUUGUCAAGCCUUGAAUGGAUUUUUUUGCAGACAAAGGGAGAUAUCAAGACUGCCGCCCCGUUGGCCGUUGGGCGCAUGAUGUGGGACACCAAGCCAGCCGGUGUGGUCACAUAUCAAGUUGCGCCCGGAGUAUCUCUUUAUCAGCUCAUGAUGCAGAUGGGCCGCCUACCGCCGGGACCUGCAAGAAGGGAAAUGCUAUCUGUCUUCACUGCUGCCGUGCAGGCAGUUGCACGUGCCUUAGCCAGACUACACACUCAUAGUGUUGAAGGACGUCCAGGCACACGAUAUCUGGAGUGGUACUUUGACGCGGCAACGAAACGAGCCCAGCAGGCAUUGUUGUACAAAGACAGCAUUCGUUCCGCGGGACUCGAGGCGAGUCAGCUCCCUGAGAAAAUCAAUCAACUUAUAGCCGAUUGCAAGCGUGAGAUGGCUAGUUGCCCGCGCACCACUGUAGUACAUGGGGACGCCCAUCCUGGAAAUUUCAUUUAUGACCGCGCGACGGGGCAUGUCACUAUGAUCGACACAAUGACGCUACACUAUUCUCUGGAUCAGAAUGGUGAUCCCAUCGGAGUACCGGAGCGAGACCUGGGCCACUUCGUGCAUAUGCUGCGACGGACGGGCGAACAAUAUGGCCUUUUGCGACAGGAAAUGCAGGAGAGCACGACUGAUUUUGUGGAGGCGUAUCUCGGAAAUGCAGCGGCGCCGGCAAAUCUCCAAAUCAUUCGGUUCUUGACGUCAUGUUCAGCUCUUUCAUUCUUGAAUUAUGCAGCGCAGUCUGAUCAGACAAAAUUAGAACUGCAGGUUAAAAUUUUGCAGGAUUUACUUCAGCUUGGAGAGGGUUGGACAAAAUUGGAUGGGAUGCGAGGUUAA